UCGCGUUUUUCACGCAGUCAAAACACGGAAGUAAACAUCUGGUAUACACAUGUUUUGCGCUAAAUGUAACAACAUUGCAAACGUAUUGAUUUGCCGAUGUAACUUACCGUUGUAUUGAUGGAUUGAGAAUUAAUUAAGCUUUCGCCGUUGUCGACAAAUGUUUGGUGUUUUACCACGAAAUAGAUUAUUUAUCGUGAAUACAUUUUAGGUGGACUUUAUAGUUAUUAAAGAGUAUGAAGUCGUUUAAAUCUUCAGGCCGUCAUGGAUAUGCGGUGGAGAUUUCACCUUUUUUGGCUUCUACGAUCGCCUGUGCGUCAUCGCAGUAUUAUGGAAUAGCAGGAUGUGGGGCACUUUUUGUGCUGGAGCAGAGAGAGGCAGAUGUUUCACUUGUGAGAAGUUUUGACUGGAAUGAUGGGCUCUUCGAUGUGACAUGGAGCGAGAACAAUGAACAUGUGCUGGUGACGGGAGGAGGUGAUGGAUCUUUACAGAUCUGGGACACGGCCAACCCGCAAGGUCUUCUGCAGGUGCUGAAAGGGCACACACAAGAGGUGUAUUCAGUAGACUGGAGUCAGACACGGGGGGAAAACCUGGUGGUAUCGGGAUCGUGGGACCACACAGCCAAAGUGUGGGAUCCGGAGCAGUGUCAGUUAGUGAGCUCCCUGCAGGGUCAUGAGGGUGUCAUCUACAGCACCAUCUGGUCUCCUCAUAUCCCAGCAUGCUUUGCUUCAGCCUCAGGUGAUGGGACAUUGCGAGUGUGGGAUGUGAAGGCAGGAUCAUGCAGGCUGGCCGUCCCAGCACACAAGGCUGAAAUCCUCAGCUGUGAUUGGUGCAAAUACGACCAGAAUAUUCUGGUCACUGGAGCCGUGGAUUGCAGUCUCAGAGUGUGGGACCUACGUAACGUCCGACAUCCUGUAGCUCAAAUGAUGGGCCAUUCCUACGCCAUCCGUAGAGUAAAGUUCUGCCCAUUUUAUAAGACAGUCCUAGCAUCCUGCUCAUAUGAUUUCACAGUCAGAUUCUGGGACUACUCCAAGAACCAGCCGCUGCUGGAGACACUGGAGCACCACUCAGAGUUUGUGUGUGGCCUGGAUUUCAACCUGCACAUCCCUAACCAGGUUGUGGACUGCUCUUGGGAUGAGACUGUAAAAGUCUUUACCCCUUCAUGCCUGGCUGCCCUAUAGGAGGUUGGUGCACCAUGGAAAGAUGCUGCUGCAAGGGGGAGCCACGGCUCUGUUUCAAUCACAGGUGCAGAGUUUGCCAAGAUUUCACUGCGGAUUUCCUAAUGACGCUAUUAAAGAAGAACAUGUGGGAUGCAUCAGGAGCAUUGCAUCAGGAGCACUGUACAGAUGAGGGGCAAUCUCAUGCCAUCACUGAGUGUAAAAACUGAGUGUGAUGUUAUUAUAGGGUUUCGUAAGUGUAUAAUGAAACUAAAAGUUUACCUUAAAGGUAAACCCAAAAAAUUUAAAUUCUGUCAUUAAUUACUCACCCUCAUGUCAUUCCAAACCUGUAACACCUUUGUUCAUCUUCAGAACUGAAAUUAAGGACAACAGUAUAACGUAGUAAGGACAAUGGUUAAACAGUCCAUGUGACAUCAGUGGUUCAACCGUAAUUUUAUGAAGCUCCGAGAAUACUUCUUGUGCGCAAAAACAAAAAUAACAACUUUAUUCAACAGUCCUUCUCCUCGAAAUCAUGUCUUUCGCCAUUAUCGAGAGUACCUCUGCAUAAACAUAAACAACGCAUACGCGUGAUGCUGAUGACGUAGAACACACAUGAGCUGAGCCUAGUUUAUGUGCAGAGAAAGCAAUGCACAUGCGUUGUGGUACUCUCGAUAAUGCUGGAAUACAUGAUUUGAAGGACAAGAAUUAUUAAAUAAAGUCGUUAAUUUGCACACAAAAAGUAUUAUCAUAGCUUUGUAAAAUUACAGCUGAACCACUGAUGGACUAUUUUAUCGAUGUCCUUACUACGUUAUGGUCUGAGAACAUUUCAGUUAUACAUUGCUGUCUAUGCAUGGUCAGAAAGCUCUUGGAUUUCAUCAAAAAAUAUCUUAAUUUGUGUUCCGAAGAUGAAUGAAGGGCUUAUGGGUUUUGAACGACAUGAUGACAGAAUUUUCAUUUUUGGGUGAAAUUUUCCUUUAACCAGCGAGUGCCUUGUUGUCUGAAGCUCAUUGGUAGAUUAUGUAGUAUGUAUAUGUUGUUCCUUACUGGUUUGUUAAACUGAUAUUAAUAAAUCAAUGCAAUCUGUCAUUCUCAA